CAGGGUCCGAUUGUGUCUCGGCUGUGGAGGAAAGAGCAAACACACUCCUUACUCAAGCCAAACGGAGGAGGAUCUGCCCAGGAAAUAUUCUCCUCUUUCUCUCUGGCAACUGGAUGGGAAGAAGGAGAGUCUUUGACCUUGGAAAAUGAAGAUGUUGUUGCCAUGGGAACUGUUAAUCUUUCUGUCACUCAAAGGAUGCCUGGCUGAACACACGCGCCACGGCCCCGUCUUCACCCAGGAGCCCAGCGAUAGUAUUUUUCCGCUGAGCUCCGAUGACAAGCAGGUGUUUAUUAAUUGCAAGGCGAAGGGAAACCCGCCUCCACAUUAUAGGUGGAAAGUGGACGGCAGAGAAAUAAACACCGAGCUGGAUCCAAACUACAGCUUCGUGGAGGGAAACCUGCUGAUCAAUAACCCUCAUGUCAUCAAUCACGGAGGAGUGUAUCAGUGCAUCGCUACCAAUACAUUUGGAACCGUCGUCAGCAGAGAAGCCAAAGUGGAGUUCGCAUUUUUGCAGAACUUCAGUAGGAAGCCGCGGAACAUGGUGUCGGUGAGGGAGGGUCAAGCCGUGGUUCUCCUCUGCGGACCUCCACCCCAUUACGGAGAGAUGAAAUAUUCAUGGGUUUUCAACGGACAGCGGAGUUUCCUACAACAGGACGCCCGCCGUUUUAUCUCCCAGAGGACAGGCAACUUGUACAUUGCCAAAGUUGAGGCGUCCGACGCUGGGAACUACACAUGUGCGGUCAGAAACAUGAUGACCAACACCACCGUGCUGAGCUCCCCGACGCCUGUGGUGCUGAGGAGGGACGCGGUGAUGGGCGAAUACGAGCCAAAGAUUGAGGUUCGGUUUCCUGACACCGUUCACGUCUCCAAGGGAUCAUCAGUGAAGCUGGAAUGCUUUGCCUUAGGAAACCCGGUGCCUUCCAUCUCAUGGAGAAGAGCCGAUGGAAACCCCCUCCCCGGGAAGAUUAAGAUCAACCACUCCAGCGGCAUUCUGGAGAUCCCGUACUUUCGGCCCGAGGACGCGGCCGUGUACGAGUGCGUUGCCGAAAACAGCCGAGGACGAAACGGCGCCAGAGGACGACUGGUAUUCCACGAUGUUGAACAUCUGCACUGGGUCCAGACGCUGAAAGAUGCACAUAUGGCAAUUGAUGCUAAUCUGCAGUGGGAGUGUAAAGCCGUGGGUAAACCCAGACCCACUUACAGAUGGUUGAAGAAUGGUCUGCCACUAACAGCACAGGGGCGGAUCCUCGUGGACUCCGGUACCCUGUCCAUAUCCAGGAUCAGUUUGUCAGAUUCUGGGAUGUAUCAGUGUGUAGCGGAGAAUGAACACGGGUCUGUCUACGCCAGCGCUGAGCUCAAGGUUGUAGCCUCUCCACCCGACUUCACCCGACGCCCCGUCAGGAAGUCCACGCUCAUCCAGAAGGGGGGCGAGGUGGUCCUAGAGUGUCGCCCCCACGCCUCCCCGAAGGCAGCGGUGUCGUGGUGGAGGGGGGGCCAGCCCCUGAAGGACAGCGAGAGACAGACCAUCAUGGAGGACGGGACUCUGCGAAUCACUAACAUCAGUAAAUCUGACGGCGGGAGGUACACCUGUGUGGCCAGGAACCAGUUUGGAAUGUCGAGCAGCUCGGGGACACUGGUGGUGAAAGAGCCCACGAAGAUCGUAGUACCGCCGCUGAGCUUGGACGCCACCGUUGGACAGAGUCUCGUUCUGCCGUGCGAAGUGUCCAGCGAUUCCUCCCUGAGUCCCGUCUUUAAGUGGUUUUUCAACGGAAAGCCCAUUGAUUUCAUCCGACAGGAGCACUUUGAAAUGAUUGGAGGGGGAUUUGCAGGUGACCUGAUGGCGAGGAACAUCCAACUGAAGCAUGCUGGGAAGUACGUGUGCAUGGUACACACUGAGAUCGACACAGUUUCAGCAGCGGCAGACUUAAUCGUCAGAGGACCUCCGGGUGCGCCGGAGAGCCUGGUGGUGACUGACAUCACAGACACCACCGUCCAACUGUCCUGGGGCUCUGGAACCGACAACCACAGUCCUGUUACCAUGUACCUGGUCCAGGCCAGGACCCCCUUCUCCAUCGGAUGGCAAAGUGUGAGAACAGUUCCUGAUUCAGUGCCUGGGCAGACGACACAUGCGGCGGUGAGAGACCUGAACCCCUGGGUGGAUUAUGAAUUCAGGGUGGUGGCAAUCAACAGCGUUGGCGUUGGAGAACCCAGCACGCCAUCCAAGCAGAUCCGAACCAGAGCAGCAGUUCCCAAGGUUGCACCGGUUAAUGUGAGCGGCGGCGGGGGAGCUCGAGGAGAACUUGUCAUCAUGUGGGAGCCCGUUCCAGAAGAACAGCAGAGCGGGGAUGACUUUGGCUACGUGGUGGCUUUCCGAACACUUGGCAGCAGCACCUGGAUCCAAACUGUGCUGGCGUCGCCCGAUGCAUCCAGGUAUAUUUACAGAAACGAAAGCAUCGCUCCCCUGUCCCAGUUUGAGGUGAAAGUGGGCGUCUACAACGGCGUCGGAGAGGGUCCGUUCAGCCGAGUGGUCCGAGUGUUGUCUGCAGACGAAGAGCCUUCGGAGGCUCCUUCCAGAGUUUGGGCCCGCGCUGUGUCCUCCUCCGAGAUCGAGGUGUUCUGGGAACCCAUUCCCCCUGGGUCCGGCAGCGAGAAGAUCAUCGCGUAUGAGGUUCUCUUCUGGGAGAACGGCUCUUGGCAGAGUGAUGCAGACAGAGUGAGGGUUAUCAACACCACAGCUCGGCUCUCGGGCCUAAAGGGCAGCACGGACUAUCAGAUCUCAGUCCGAGCCCAGAACAGCGCCGGCCUCGGACCCUCCAGCCCCGUCUUCAACAUCACCACCAAGAAACCACCACCUAUUCAGCCUCCGGGGAACAUCGAGUGGAAGCUGACCAACUCUAAGAUCUUUCUAAAUUGGGAACAUGUCAAAGCGUUGGAAAAUGAGUCCGAGGUGACAGGAUACAAGGUCGUGUAUCGUCAGAACUGGCCCGGUAGGACCACAGUACUGGAAACCAAUAAGUCCAGUAUAGAGCUGCAGAUCCCUUCUGGGGAGGACUACCUCAUCGAGAUCAAAGCUUUGACCGAAGGGGGCGACGGCACCAGCAGCGGCGCCAUCCGCAUACCAAAGAUGUCCAGUCUUAACUCUAAAGGAUGUGUUCGUCCAGUUCCAGUGCAGAUUUCCUCUUUCAUGACGGUUUUGAUAUUUUUGGUUGUGAUUUUUUAGCUCUUGAUGCCUUCAUGUUUAGCUCUGGAAUAAGCAGCUACCCUGCGACGUUUGCAUCCCGAAAUGGAUGGAGGGACGGUUGUGACAGGAUAUUCCAAGACGUUUUCAUCUGCCUAUUUUCAGGCCCAGUGCAAUCCUCCAGGAUGUCUGCGUUUGAUAAACACGCAAAGAUGAAUUUCUUAUCUGCGGCUGAGAAAUGAACCUUUUCUCAGGUUCAUGUCCCAGUUUCCCCAUUCCGGCGUCUGUCUCCACGGAUUCUGCCUCAGACUCUGCUCGCUGAUUUUGUAGCUCCGUGAAUGUUAGAUGGAAAAUGUUGCAGAAAGAAAGUAGUUUUACACGCUUUCGGAUCCUCGUUGAAUUGAACAGAACCGGGAGGAAACGACGGUUCGUACAGUAUCUGUGCUUCUACGGCCACAGACUAAUGAGUAUAGGGUUGUUGCUGUACAUAGUUUUUAAUUCAUGUCUGUCAGGAUAGAAAUUGCUGCUUCUGUUCCAUUUGACAGGAAACAGUAGGUUUAUGAAACAGACAAUCUAAGAGUAGACCUCAGAGUUACUGUUUGACCGAUGUGAUGAUGU